CAGUAUACGCAUAGAAGCAAUACUGGCUGAAGUUACAAGAAGAAGAAGGAGAAGCGGAAGAUAUUUUAGCCACAAUGUCAAGACGCCUAUUUUGCAGUAUAUGCAGUCCUUCGGUAUAUGUGAAGCCUUCAUAUCAACGGUGUGUUUAUAAGAGUCCUAGACAGGAUAUUCUGACAUCGGCACAAAGUUUGACCGGACGCCGCUGGACACAUGGAAAGCCACUGUCUGAAGACGAAAAUGUCCACAAUUCAAAGGUUCCGCAGACACCAACGUGGGAACCUGUAUCAGAAAACCAGCUACCUCCGCCCACACGAGUGCCCUUAGACUUGGUGGACAAGCUGGAACGCCUGGCCUUGGUUGACUUCAGAAACCAGGAGGCAGUCACCCGCCUGGAGAAAGCCAUCCGAUUCGCUGACCAGCUCCAUGUUGUCAACACGGAGGGGGUUGAACCAAUGGAGUCGGUUCUCGAGGACAGAGCGCUGCACCUGAGAGAUGACCGCGUGGAGGAGGGCGACUGCGCCGAACAGCUGCUCCAGCUCUCCAAGACGACUGCAGAGGAGUACUUCGUUGCACCACCAGGUAACAUCCCACUCCCAGAGAGAGGAGAGAGAGCUACCAUGUUGAAAGACUCCAAAAUCUGGACUGAAGAAACAGUGUGAGAUUUUUUCAAUUGUGACUGGAUUUCUAAAAACUUUUUCCAGUUAGCACUGGGCCCUCAAUCACCUGCUAAUGGAAUGCUUUAGCCCUUUACCUGUGACUGGAUUUUAACAAGAAUUCUGACUCAAUAGGAGAAUCAACUGGGCGUGAGCACACUAGUCUUCAGUGACUUUUUAAAAGGAAAAAUUAAAUGCUCUUAUUCAAGCUACAUAAGUCGUUUUAAUAACUGUGCCAGUAAAACAGAAGCAGAAUCCUAGCACUUAAGGGGAGGCCCCACCCCUUUUUGCUUGCAUGAUCUGAUGUAAUUGAAACUCCUAAAACGUAGCACUGGUGCUACUUCCAGGACCGAGGCAGAGAUUCCAAUAGCACUGGCAAUGCAGGCAGUGCACUGGCAGACACUGAACCGUUUAUUUCCUUUCGACUGUGAUGCAUUUAAAUACACGGAGGGUUAACUUAACUACUGCUUGUUUACGGUGCAAGUAAUACACAAGCACGUGUGCGCACGCACACGCACGGCAGUGCCUAUCACUGCUGAGCUUAUCUUUGGGAUGGAUUGUGUUGGUGUUUGAGAAUGACUGGUGCAACAGUUCAUGUACCGAAAUAAAGAAGAACGUUAUGAUUCCAUCUUUUAAUUGAAAAAAAAUCAAAAUCUGCUUUUAUACACAGGCAUUACAAGAUACAAAGGAUGUUUGUAGAAUGGGGGUAAACUAGUUAAAAUGUUUUGCCUCAAUUUAAAACAAAUGCGGGGGAGGAGAAGGGG